CUCAGACACACUCAGGGCCAUGGCAGCGGGCACAACAGAGGGGGACACACACAUGGAGGAGCUGGUGGACCAGGGUCUGGGGAUGGAGGAGACCGCCCACGACCUGCUGAGGAGGCCUUCACUGAAGGAGAGCUACCACAGCGAUUCACUGUUGGCGCCAGACACCGACUUCAUGACAGAUGACCGCAGUUCAGCUGCCAGCGGCCUGGAUGUGGCCGACCGGCUGACCUACCUGGAGCAGAGGAUGCAGAUGCAGGAAGAUGAAAUCCAGCUGUUGAAGAUGGCUCUAGCUGAUGUCCUAAAGAGGCUCAACAUCUCUGAGGAGCACCAGGCUGCUGCUGCCGGCAGGAAAGCACCGGGUGCUAAAGCCCGGCCAGUGUCUCUGGCUCUGCCCUCCAGACCGCCCAUGGUGAUCUCGAGCUCUGCCUCCCUGAAGAAGAGCUCCACGCUGCCCUCCAGCUCCAGUGCCAGGAACUACAGCCCAACACCCCCCCGCAGCAGCGUAAAGAGCCCACCAGGUAGUGUGAAGGACAGUCCAUGUAAGACUGCCAGAAGCCGACCCACUUCUGCAGCGUCAACAUGUAAAAAACCUCAGGAAGGCAGCAAGUCAAAGGAGGCUGCAGUAAGUGUAGGGACAAGACGUGUGACACACUGCAAAGUGACUAUGCAGAUCUAUCUGAGCCCCCACGCAAGAAAGACUGGGUCUUCUGAGACCGCCAAAUCAGCAUCUGCGGUGCCUGCCAACAGCAGGCUCACAGCCGCACCCAACAACCCCCAGGCGAAGGCGGGCAGCAAGCCAGAGACGAGGAGGACAACCCCAACCUUCACCUUAAACCUGCAGAAAACCACAACCAGCCAGAACACACCGCAGGACACAUCCAGCUACAAGAGCCCCCUCAAGUCGCCCAGCCAGUACUUUCAGAUUUGUUACUGAGGCAAAAGGGAUAAAGUUUACUAAACCCAAACUAAAGGCCUCAAUCAACCACUUGAACAGAGAGACUUUCUACCACCGUUGAAAAAACAAGAAACUGAUUUUAAAUUGUGGAUGAAUGCACUUCUUAAACUGCAGGGAUGACGUGAUUUUCCUCGGUAGGUCGUCCUGACAACACGAGCACUUCCAGCUUUGUGAAACAUUUCCAUUAACAAGUCCGAGUAAUUCAAUUUGUCAGUGCAGUGUUUAAUGGCGUGGUUGUUUAUUCUAAGGAUAGUAUGAAAGCUUUAAUGCGGUCUUAGAGGCUGCAGUGUAGUCGUAGAUCCUUUUCUCACGUGCUUGUAGCUACCUGCUUAUUAUUUAAAUGAACACCUGUGUUUGCUGUCAACAUGCUCUUCGUCAAGUCUUCACUCUGUCUGACAGUGCGGAUGUGUGUCUGUAGUCGUCUUUGAGCACUGACUGUGUGAUGUCGAUGAGUGUGUGUCGCAGAGUCUUGUCUCCACGCCAGUUUGCUGUGAUGUUUCCAGUUUUGUAGUUGAUGUUCCACCUUAGCUGAUAGACAGGAUGCAGCGGAAUCAGCCAAGAGGUUCAUUCUGGUUCAGGAAAAGCAAUAAACAACUGUGU